AUGUCGUACAUCCAAGAUAUCAAGACAACACUUACGAAGCUAGGAGUGUAUGUGGAUCAACUUGAAAACGACAUAGAAGAAAGAGACCGGUUGGUUCAUGUACUUUUACUUUCGCCAUCAAGUAAUGACAAUAAUGAUAUGAUAAAUUUGAUGAUUAACUUGGAAAAGUACUUUACAUACCUACAAGACGAUCUUUUACGAAAACGUAACAUCAGAGAUGAAAGCAUCUUACAGGAAUUCAAGUCCCUUGUUAAAAGAUAUGAACAGGCCUUGGAAUAUUUUAUAACUGAUGCAACUAUUGAUAUUAGUGAAUAUAAAUUUGUUAGUAAGGAACUCUCAUUAACCAAGCCUGAAGCAAUAGAAACCAGUAUCAUUGAGCCAAGUUCGAAAUCGGUUAGGUUUCAAGAUGAAGUGGAAUAUCAAGAAAGUCGUAGUGAUUUAAUGGGGACUCGAACUUUUAACAAUGUUUAUAGUGAUUCAGAGUCAUUUGAUAAUACUAAUAACCAACAAUUAUUUGCACAACAUCAACAAGCACUACUACAACAAGAUGAAGACUUGGACAUAUUGCAUGAAUCUGUUAGACGACAACAUUCCAUGGGAGUAGUAAUAAAUGAAGAAUUAGAUGAUCAUCUUAUCAUAUUGAAUGAUCUCGAACGGGGGGUUGAUCAAUCCCAGCUCCGACUAGGAUCAGCUGGGAAUAGACUAAGAAGCUUCCGUCAAAAGUGUAAGGAGAAUGGAAGUAUGAUCACAAUUGUGGUAUUAACCAUUAUUCUUGUACUUUUAUUAGUAGUAUUGAAUUAA